AUGCUGUGGAUGAGAGAACCCGUGUUGACCCUUAACAGAAUCUUGGUAAAUGACAAUCAGCAUAUAAUCGUACUCCCUGUUUUCAGGAACGCUGCUAACAAUCGUGAAUCAUCUGAAAAAUCUUGUGAUGGAGCUGUCAGCGGUGUCUCUAUGACGAUUCCCACUAAGCUAAAAGCGAGACAAUCAAAGGGUGAUACGAAUAAAUGCUUAAAGACGUCACUCUUCAGAACAGCCUUUUUUGAAAAUGAUUGA